AUGACUUCGGCCAAAUCGGCAUCGGUUUCUGUUCCGCGUAGAUCCAACAACCCUGAUACAGAUCCAUUCUAUCAACCUCCUGCGGGCUUUGCCUCACAGAAACCUGGAUCCAUUUUGCGCGAGCGUAGUAUUACAGCCUCCUUCUUCGGUUUAAUACCCGAGCCCAUCGAGACACACCAGUUGUUAUACCGCACUACAGCCGUCAAUGGUUCAGCAAUUGCUUCGGUGACCACCAUCUUCAAGCCAUGGUUCCCAAAGACAGAUCGCUUUAUUUCUUUCCAAACUGCAUACGAUAGCUCUUCGACGAGUUGUGUUCCUAGCUAUCAAUACCAAUUAGGAAAUCCUCAAACCGAUCUGAUAGCGCAACUCGAGUUUUUGAUUAUCCAGAUUUACCUUCUCAUGGGAUACAUUGUUGUCUCGCCGGACUAUGAAGGACCUGAGGCUGCAUUUGCCCCUGGUCGCCUCGCGGGCAUGGGUGUCUUAGAUAGUAUGCGAGCUGUUGCAAACUUCAAAAGCACACUUGGCCUCAAUACUACCUCGCCAAUGAUUGUCGGUACCGGCUACUCUGGUGGCUCCAUCGCAACUGGGUGGGCUGCAUCCUUGCAUCCCACCUAUGCCCCCGAGCUCAAUAUCAAGGGUUGGACGCAAGGUGGCACCCCGGCAAAUCUCUUGGGCACUUUGCUAAACAUUGAUGGCACUGUGUUUAGCGGCUUUGGCCCAGAUGCGAUUGCUGGGCUUUCAAAGUCAAGUACCUAUGGCGCACAACUUGGCCCCAUCAUUGAUGAAUACUUCACUUCGGAGGGCAAGUCGGCAAUAAGCUAUACAGAGUCCAACUGCGCCAUCUCAGAUCUGGUCAACUUUUUCGAAAAGUCAGUAUUAUCCACCGACAUUCAAAGCUUAGGCGAUGGGCUUCUUCAAGAUCCCACCAUUGCAUCCAUACUAGCAGAGAAUGUGAUGGGCGUAGUUAAAGACGAAACACCCACCGCCCCAGUCUUCGUUUACCAUGCCAGCCAGGACGAGAUUAUUCCAUACUCUAAUGCCUCCACUCUCGUCGACUCUUGGUGUAGCAACGGCGCAAGUGUCAACUUCACUACUUUUGCUAGUGGAGGGCAUAUUACAACCGAGAUUUUGGGUAUUGUGGAUGUCGUUGAGUUCGUUGAGGCGGCAUUCGCAGGGAAAACCACCAGUGGCUGUGCGCACAACACGGAGCUGAGCAGUGCUCUCAACCCAAUUGCUCUGGGGGCUGAGAUUGAGCCGAUUCUAAUUGACCUCGUUACCAUUUUGACCACUCUUGGUAAAAGUGAUUCAAAUAUCAGCAAGAACAUUAGUAUACUGAAAAAUGUGGUAUAG